GAAAGAUAACACCUCAACGCGUCCUGUUAGACGCGUCCUCCUCGUGCAUCGGGAACUGGACAAGCAUUGCGAGCUCUGCCAAUCUUUUUUACAUGCUCAUGACUGGCUGACUGGCAUAUAACACACUACAAAUAGGUUCAACCACAGUAUAUUUUCUGUCCACAAGCACUAUGCUGUACAUGGUGGAGAAAGGAGAACUCUCCUUCUGCUUGUAGAUUAUUAGUUACUCAUCCUGCAUCCAACUGGGGCAACGUUGACAGAUAGUCUGCAUUCUUGCAUUCCUGCUCAUAAUGACACAUACCAACCAGAAGCCAUAAUUUCGCCAUCAUCAGGCCAUCAAGCAAAGGACGCGGUCAACCCACCAGACGCGUUGAACAUCCGAUGGCAUUGGGACGACGUGGGCGCUAGCAACUUUCCAAGUUUUUGAGAGUGCGGAAAAACACAUGAUUGACUAGCAGCGGCUUGCGUCUUGGAGCCGAUGAAGAGAUUUUCAUAUAUCCGUGGCGCAUCAUCCUUGACUUUCCUACCACACUGUGCUGCUGUACCAGAGAAAUACAUUAUAUAUAUAGGUCGUUCCCCUUGUCUCCUUUUCCUCUGUGCUGGGCACCUUACUCUACACGUUCCGUCCUACUUUCAAUUGGAUUACCAUUUCCCAAUGUGUCAGGUUCCGGCACCUCAACUGCUGCAACCAGAUAGCGGACAUGCAAGAGAAAAUGCGAUAAAGUCCGAGUACGAGGUUAUCAUCAUCGGAGGAGGCAUCCUGGGUGCGUCUCUGGCGGCAGCAUUAGGCCGUGAUGGACGAGACGUCCUUCUUAUCGAACGAGAUUGGAGCGAGCCCGAUCGAAUUGUUGGUGAAUUGUUGCAGCCGGGCGGUGUGAAAGCAUUGCGCGAGUUGGGUCUAGAAGAUUGCCUCGAAAACAUCGAUGCCAUUCCAUGUCGUGGUUACGCAGUCUUCUAUCCACCAGACAAAGUGAUUCUCCCUUACCCCUCAGACAAACUUCCUAAUGAAGGUCGAUCAUUCCAUCACGGCCGUUUUGUGAUGAAUCUGCGAAAAGCGGCAAAAGCUUCCCCAAAUGUGACGCCUGUUGAGGGAACAGCAUCAGUCCUCAUUUCUUGCCCUGUAACGGAGCAAGUGAUUGGUGUGACUUACACAACGAAGACUAAAGAUGGGCAAGUGUUAUCCAAUAACGUAUAUGCGCCACUGACAGUUGUGGCCGACGGAUGCUUCUCCAAAUUUAGGAAGCAGAUCAUCGACAAGGACGUUACAUGCACAUCAAAUUUCGUCGGUUUCAUACUAGAAAACUGCGUCCUCCCACAUCCGAACCAUGGUCAUGUUGUCCUCGCCCAACCAUCCCCGAUCCUUCUCUAUCAGAUUGGUCGCAACGAAACCCGUAUCCUGGUAGAUAUCCCUGGAAAAUUGCCUAGUAUCUCAAACGGUGACCUAAAACGCUAUAUGGAGGACAAAAUCAUGUCACAAUUACCCAAAUCUGUCCAACCAUCCUUCCACGCAUCACUCCAAACUUCCCGUCUCCGUUCCAUGCCAAAUAGUUUCCUUCCGCCUACCACCAACCGCCGCUCCGGGUUGAUCCUUCUCGGCGAUGCAAUGAACAUGCGACAUCCGCUCACAGGGGGUGGGAUGACUGUGGCAUUGUGGGAUGUAGUCCACACACGGAAUUUGUUGGCAAAGAAGGAGGUCCCAGAAUUGAAUGACACUAUUGUAGUUAGAAGGAAGUUGGAGAUGCUACAUUGGAAGAGAAAACCCUUGGCGAGCGUUGUGAAUAUCUUGGCGCAGGCGCUGUAUGCUUUGUUUUCUGCUGGCAAUGAUCCACAUAUGAAAUCCCUUCAACUGGCGUGCUUUGGAUACUUCCAGCUCGGUGGUCGCUGCGUCUCCACCCCCGUUGGACUCUUGGGCGGGAUCUUGCCUGAACCACAAACCCUUGUGGGCCAUUUCUUUGCGGUAGCCUUCUACGGCGUUUAUUUAAUCCUUACCAAUCAGAUUAAUCCCCACGAAAAACGGAAACAGUCGGCGUUGGUGGAGUUCCCCAAGAAUCUUUGGAAGAGCGUCAUGGCAAUAUACACGGCUUGUGUGGUUAUUCUUCCAGUGAUAGCGACGGAGUUGAAGAGUUAACAUAUAUUUAAUCAGUAGAGAGUGAUGGAGGUAGAUUAUUAAUGUUUAUGUAUAAUGAGGUUUAAAGAUAUGGACAUUCUCCAUGAGGCUCUGGAUA